CACUAAUCAGAAUUCAAAAUGUUCUUGCUUUGGUGUCUACACUACUUCAAGUGAGGAAAAAAGGAAGUGAAAAAUGGCAAGCCAAAAGAUCUCAUCUUUCCUAUCUCGCACAUUGGUUUCUUCUUCAAUCCGUUCCCUUUCACAACAUGGAAGGACUAGUCACUGCAGAAGAGUGGUGAGCAGAUACAGCACAGCUGCUGCCACUGAGGAUCCUAUUACGCCGCCUGUGAGUGUAAAAUAUACUCAGCUUCUGAUCGGUGGAAAAUUUGUGGAUUCUGCAUCAGGUAAAAAAUUCAAAACAUACGAUCCUAGGACAGGAAAUGUGAUUGCAGAAGUUGCUGAGGGUGAUGCUGAGGAUAUUAAUCGUGCAGUUGCUGCUGCUCGCAAAGCAUUUGAUGAAGGGCCUUGGCCUAAGAUGACUGCUUAUGAAAGGUCAAAAAUUCUGUUCAAAUUUGCUGAUCUACUUGAGCAGCAUACUGAUGAGAUAGCUGCUCUUGAGACUUGGGAUAAUGGCAAGCCAUAUGAGCAAGCUGCUAAAGCCGAAUUACCAAUGUGUGUUCGUCUAAUGAGAUAUUAUGCUGGAUGGGCUGAUAAGAUACAUGGUCUAACUGUUCCUGCUGAUGGACCAUAUCAAAUGCAAACCCUGCAUGAACCCAUAGGGGUAGCAGGGCAGAUUAUCCCAUGGAAUUUUCCGAUUCUCAUGUUUGUGUGGAAGGUUGCGCCUGCCUUAGCAUGCGGGAAUACCAUUGUUUUGAAGAGUGCAGAACAAACACCAUUAACUGCAAUCUAUGCUGCAAAGUUACUCCAAGAGGCUGGACUUCCUGAUGGUGUCAUAAAUGUGGUCUCUGGCUAUGGUCCUACUGCUGGUGGAGCUCUUGCUUCUCACAUGGAUGUCGAUAAGCUGGCUUUUACCGGAUCAACUGUGACUGGAAAGUUAGUGCUUGAGAUGGCAUCGAAGAGUAAUUUAAAGCCGGUGACUUUGGAGCUUGGAGGGAAAUCUCCCUUUAUUGUGUGCAAGGAUGCUGAUAUAGACAAAGCAGUGGAACUAGCCCAUUUUGCUCUCUUCUUCAACCAGGGACAAUGCUGUUGUGCUGGUUCUCGUACAUAUGUACAUGAAAGCAUAUAUGAUGAGUUUGUUGAGAAAGCAAAGGCACGUGCUAUGAAGCGUGUUGUUGGUGAUCCUUUUAGGAAGGACAUUGAGCAGGGGCCUCAGAUUGAUUCAGAGCAAUUCGAGAAGGUGAUGCAAUACAUAAGAUCAGGUAUCGAGAGUGGAGCUAAGCUCGAAACAGGAGGAGAAAAAUUAGGCUCAAAGGGUUAUUACAUUCAACCUACUGUUUUCUCAAAUGUCAAUGAAGACAUGUUGAUUGCACAAGAUGAAAUCUUUGGUCCUGUUCAGUCCAUCUUAAAAUUCAAGGACAUACAAGAGGUGGCUCGACGAGCCAAUAACACACACUACGGAUUGGCAGCAGGAGUGUUCACACAGGACAUCGACACAGCUAACUACUUGGCUCGAGCUCUCAAAGUAGGCACGGUUUGGGUUAACUGCUACGAUGUAUUCGAUGCAGCCAUCCCCUUUGGAGGGUACAAGAUGAGUGGACAAGGAAGGGAGAAGGGUAUAUACUGUCUCAUGAACUACUUGCAAGUCAAGUCUGUUGUUACACCUUUGAAGGAUCCUGCAUGGUUGUAGAAAACACACAGAUUAUUAUUGUUGUUGAAGUCUUGUAUUCCUGUUUUUCUUAGUUACUUCAACAGCUGAAAUAAAGGAAGGCUGCAAUACUAUUUUCACUAGUUAAGCCUCUAUAUAAUAUAGCUUCAUUUGAGCAUUUAAUUUGAUUUAAUUUUCAA